UCUGCCCCGGCCAGGGCACACAGGCAGCCCAUUGUUGGAGCCCCUUCGGCGCAGCGGGAGCAGGAGCUGUUGAUGGCAAUGAUGACGAUGCAGAUGGGAGGACUGAUGAUGGCUGCACUGGGCUGGCUGGGCUCCAUCCUCACCUGUGCCCUGCCCAUGUGGAAGGUGACGGCCUUCAUCGGCUCCAACAUCGUGGUGGCCCAGGUGUUCUGGGAAGGGCUGUGGAUGAAUUGUGUCUAUGAGAGCACGGGGCAGAUGCAGUGCAAGGCCUACGACUCCUUGCUGGAGCUCACCUCUGACCUGCAAGCUGCUCGUGCCCUGGUGGUCACCUCCAUCUGUGUCGCCUGCCUUGCCUUCUUCAUUGCCCUCUCAGGAGCUGACUGCACCCGCUGUGUAGAUGACAACAGCACCAAGACCAGGAUCUCUGCAGUGGCAGGUGUCAUCUUCAUCAUGGCCAGCAUCAUGCUGCUCAUCCCUGUCUCCUGGUCUGCCAACAGCAUUGUCAGCAACUUCUACAACCCCAUGGUGCCUGAGGCCCUCAAGAGAGAGCUGGGGGCUGCCCUCUACAUCGGCUGGGCUUCCAGUGCCCUGCAGCUCUUUGGUGGGGGUGUCCUAUGCUGCUCAGGAUCCCAGUCCCAGCAGGACCCCUACCCCAAGAAGUACAGGGCAGUGAAAACCUGCGGUCCAAUGGGCUAUGCCAUGAAGGACUAUGUGUGAGCCACUGUGCCUAGGUGCCAGCCCAAGGCAGAGCACCACUGUCCCUGU